AUGGGUGCUUCUCUUAUUCCAACACCAGGAGUACUAGUGGUUACUUUGGUUUGUGUCAUGAGCUGCCUUUGGUUGUUUCCUGAUGUUGCAGUUGCUAAGCACGCAGGCAUUACAAGACACUACAAGUUCAAUAUAAGGUUGCAAAAUAUGACCAGAUUGUGCCACACAAAGACCAUGGUGACUGUCAAUGGCAAGUUCCCGGGGCCUAAAAUCGUCGCUAGAGAGGGCGACCGUCUACUUAUUAAGGUGGUUAAUCAUGUUUCAGACAAUAUCAGUAUCCAUUGGCAUGGCAUUCGACAACUUCAGACCGGAUGGGCUGACGGACCGGCAUACAUUACACAGUGUCCCAUUCAAACUGGCCAGACCUAUGUGUACAACUACACCAUUGUUGGCCAAAGAGGGACUCUCUUUUGGCAUGCUCACGUUUCAUGGAUGAGAGCUACACUCUAUGGACCUAUUGUCAUCCUCCCCAAGCACAAUGUGCCCUACCCAUUUGAGAAACCCUACAAGGAAGUCCCCAUCAUCUUUGGUGAGUGGUGGAACACUAAUACGGAGGCAGUUAUUAACCAGGCACUUCAGACCGGAGCUCCCCCGAAUGUUUCUGAUGCAUACACCAUUAAUGGACUCCCAGGGCCACUGUAUAAUUGUUCAGCAAAUGAAACAUUUAAGCUGAAGGUUAAAGCCGGGAAGACGUAUCUCCUUCGUUUGAUCAAUGCUGCACUCAAUGAUGAUCUAUUUUUCGGAAUAGCAAAUCAUACCCUCACCGUUGUUGAAGCUGAUGCGGUUUAUGUUAAGCCAUUCCAAACUGACACUGUCCUCAUCACACCAGGACAGACCACCAAUGUUCUUCUCAAGACCAAAACUCAACCACCCAAUGCCACUUUCUUGAUGGCUGCAUUGCCCUAUUACACCGGCCUAGGGACGUUUGAUAAUUCCACAGUUGCCGGAAUUCUUGAAUACACAAAACCGUCUAGUCCUUCUUCUUCCAACGCUUCAAUAAAAGGCCUUCCACUCCCAACCCUCCCUCCCAUCAACACUACAUUUGCCACCUCCUUUGCUGCAAAUUUUAGCAACAAAUUUCGCAGUCUGGCAAACUCUCAAUUCCCCGCCAACGUGCCCCAAACUGUCCAAAAGCGAUUUUUCUUCACUGUAGGGCUUGGAAGCAACCCAUGCCCAAAAAACCGAACUUGUCAAGGUCCUAAUAAUGCCACAAAAUUUGCAGCUUCUGUCAACAACGUCUCCUUUGCUCUCCCUACCACAGCCCUCCUCCAAGCCCAUUUCUUCGGCCGGUCCAAUGGCGUUUACACUACUGAUUUCCCAAGCACCCCUCUCAUCCCAUUCAAUUAUACAGGCACUCCACCAAACAACACCAAUGUGGUCAAUGGCACCACCAAGGUGGUGGUGCUCCCAUUUAACACCACUGUGGAAUUAGUAAUGCAGGACACCAGCAUUCUUGGCGCCGAAAGCCACCCUCUCCAUCUUCAUGGCUUCAACUUCUUUGUUGUUGGACAAGGAUUUGGCAACUUUGACCCUAACAAGGACCCUUCCAAGUUCAAUCUUAUCGAUCCUGUCGAAAGAAAUACCAUUGGUGUGCCCUCGGGUGGAUGGGCAGCCAUCCGUUUUCGUGCAGAUAAUCCAGGUGUUUGGUUUAUGCACUGUCACUUCGAAGUUCAUCUGAGCUGGGGGUUGAAGAUGGCAUGGAUAGUGUUGGAUGGAAAGCUCCCAAAUCAGAAGCUGCUUCCUCCACCGUCCGAUCUUCCCAAAUGUUGACCUUUUUUUUUUUAUGCAUGGCUCCUCCUUCAACCAGAUUAUCUUGCCAUGGUUUAUGUAACUUACGUUCACAAAUUACUAUAUUGCUAUAUAUUUUUGUUUUAUUUUUACUGAGAACUAAGAAAGAUCCAAAGAGAGUAAUACUAUAGAAGAGCCAAGGUUUGGCAUUAAGCCACUGAUUUGUUUGUUUUUCUUUGUAUAAACAAUAACUCGGUGGGGCAAUUUUGUACAAUUUGAGAGGUGGAAAUGCUUUGUAGAGAGCCUCAAUAAUAAUGUAACUGCUCACAAUUAUAUUUUUGUGCAAAUAAUGAGAAAAAAAAAAGGUGUUUAACCACUUGUUCCUGCUAGUAUAUAUUCAAGAUGAAUAUCAACAUGAAAACACACUGAGCAUGAUUUUUUUAUUUUUAUUUUUAUUUUUUUUAAUUUCAUAUUAUUUAAAAGGUCUAUUUAAUAAUUUGA